ACAUGUUCUUAGUGGUUUUUUAUGGACUGACCUUUGAGCGCUUUAGCACUCACACACACUCUAUGAUGCUGCCCCGUGUGAACGAGACAGACAAGAUGGACGACAUAGACACCAUGUUCAGUCACCUGCUUGGAGAGAUGGAUACUCUCAGUCAGAGUUUGAUGCCUGCAGCGGACUCACCUGAAGUGGACGCCGGCUCACAGGGAAACUGCCCCAUUUCCAUCGGCUUUUCAGACCUAAACGAGUCUCUUAAUGAAAUGGAGGACCAGGACCUGGAUGCUCUGGUGGCUGACCUUGAAUCCACCUCAGAUGGGCACGACCCCGGGGAUCAAGGCGCCGGCAGCUUGGCGGCAGCCUCGGCAACGCUUGGUCCGGCUUGGGAACCUAAGGCAGCAGCUACCCUUCCUCCACCGUCAAACUCCGUGGAGUCCUCUGAAGAGAUGGUCGAACCCCAGACGAAGGCAGAUAGAAUUCACCUGGCUCUGGAGAAGCUGAAGGAAGCCAAAGUCAGAAAGUUGAUAGUCAAGCUGCUGAUGAGUGACGGCAGCUCCAAGACGCUGAUGGUGGACGAGAGACAGACCGUACGAGAGGUUUUGGACAAACUCUUUGAGAAGACACACUGUGACUGCGGCAUCGACUGGAGCCUGUGCGAGACCAACUCCGAGCUGCAGAUCGAGAGAGGAUUCGAGGACCAUGAGCACUUAGUGGAGCUCCUGUCUGCGUGGACUCGCUUCAGUGAGAACAAAAUCUAUUUCCUGUCAAGACCUCAGAGGUAUUUGAUGUUCACUGAGCCUCAGCUCUUUUACAUGUGGAAAAAGAAGACCGCAUGUUUGAGUGGGAUUAAAGAGGAAGCCAAACAGCUCUUAAUCAAGGAACAUUUUGGAGGUUCCACUGUGAUUGUUCCUGAUCUGGAGGGCAAGCUGUACCUAAAGGAGGAUGGGAAGAAGCUUUGGAAACCUCAUUACUUCAUGCUCAGGGCCUCGGGCCUUUACUAUGUACCCAAAGGAAAGACAAGGGCCAUAAGUGAUCUCGUCUGCUUUGUUCGUUUUGAAAAGGUCAACAUCUACACCACCAAAAACUACAAACAUAAAUACAAAGCUCCCUCCGACUUCUGCUUUGUGCUGAAGCAUCCCUGCAUCCAGAGAGAGUCGCUCUACGUCAGGUUCCUGUGCUGUGACGACAAACACACACUUUCGCUUUGGGUGAACUCCAUCAGAAUAGCCAAGUAUGGGACCGUCCUAUUUGAGAACUACCAGACCGCGGUGAAGAAAGCUUCCGGUUCGCAGCCUCUCCACUUUGCUGCAGACAGAUACAACAGCGCGGCGCCUAAUCCGGCUCCACCCAAAACCACAAAUGUGGAGGACUAUCCUCACGAGCCUCCACCUGACUUCAUCCCUCCUCCUCCUCCUUCUCAAAACACACACGUUUGAGACGCAUCCUCUCCUCCUCCAGCCUGGAUUAAGCCAAAUUAGCCUCCAUGAGCACAAGACCAAAUGCAUAUUUUAUAAUAUUUUAAUAAUGCACUUAGGUGUAGUAGUACCAGCGUUUCAGGAAUAUUUUGCAAUAGAUCACAUUCUAAAAGACUUUAUUUAUUCCUAGAUGAAUAUACUGAAAUAUUUAAACGUUCAUUCAGCUUUACGACAAAAAAAAUCACGCACUUCUGUUCAUUGUUUCAAUGGGCUGUUUAUUGAAAAAAGACUGUACAUAAAUUUCAAUGAACACACAAUAUGUACAAACUGAGAGAAGACAAAUAUUUGUUUCUGCUUCCGUGAACAUUUAAGUUACUGAUUCUUUUUUUUCCCACCAACGUUUCAUCAUUAAGAAAACACACAUCAAAGAAAGGCGCCUUGACCUGUGAUGCCCUGAAAUGCAAGACGUUAAGUGGUAAACAUUACAAAGUCAUCAGUGGUUGUCUCAUGGUUUCUCUAUGAAAAAAGUAUAAAUUAAUCCGUUACAUACAAACCUCAGCAGUGUCCGACACAAAAAACAUGUUGAAUGCAAAGCUAGAAAUACAUUAGGUAGAAAAAGUUGUUUUCUCACAAAAGAUCACCUCAUGAUGGAAAAGAUACAAUCAAGAAUGGGAUGUAGUGGCAAAUCAAUCGCUGUAACACUGUUUCAGACUUUUUUGCACAGCGAGCUGAAUGAAUACUGUCGAUCUGAGUCAUUUUCUUUUGUUGGUCUGUGUUAAUAAUAAUCUGUAUCCAUUCCAAAAUAAAAGUUUGUGUUACAAUGACCGUUACUCACAAAGUAUAAAUGAUUGUGUUAAUGUGGAUUGUUAAAAAAAAAUAGAUUCUGAGAUAAACAGUGUAGCUUGAUGGUAUUUGACAGCGGGUUUCACUUAAACCAAACGAUCACUUGUCAUCUCAUUUCCCUAAAAAAACGAAUUGAAAUCAGAGCAGAAGUCUUCACAUCGGCACCGUUUGUGAGACCUGCUGAUUGCAAUUCAUUCCUUCACUGCAGCAAGCAGGCGUCAUUCAUACGUCCGUGUGUCGAUCGACAAAAACAUCCCGUAAGUAGCCAACAGAACCUCGCACAUCGCUGCUGGGUCGUCUACAUUCACGGAAAAAAAAAAACCCAGAGGGGAUUAAAGACAACUACAAU